AAAAACUUCCUAGCUUCUGCUAUAAGAACUGGCCCGGUCCCCAAACACAUUGCUUUGGUGAUGGAUGGUAACAGAAGGUUCGCCAAAAACAGGAAGCUCCCUCUCACUGAUGGCCAUUCUGCUGGAUGUUUGUCGCUAACUGAGACUUUAGAAUGCUGCUUCAAAUUGGGUGUCAAGUCUGUCUCAAUCUACGCCUUCUCAAUUGAAAACUUCAACAGACCUCAAAAAGAAGUGGAUACUUUGUUCGAUUUAUUGAAAUCAAAAUUGUUGAAAAUCACCGAGAAUGACCAAUUCGUUCAUCAAUCUCAUGUCAGAAUUAGAAUUAUUGGUAAUAAGUCAUUGGUGCCAAAGGAUGUGCUAGUUGACUUGGAGAAAAUAGAGAAAGUCACUGAGGACUAUGCUACUUUUAAUUUGAACAUCUGUUUUGCUUACACCUCAAGAGAUGAUAUAACUCACUCAAUUAAGUCGGUUCUUGAUUUAUAUUCAAAUCAACAAAUUGAUUAUCAACAAAUUGAUGAAAACUUAUUAAACGACCACAUGUAUUUCGGGCCUGAUAUCCAAAACUCUGACAUUUUGGUGAGAACCUCUGGCCAUACAAGAUUAUCUGAUUUCAUGUUAUGGCAAUCUCAUCAAAAUUCUGAUAUCCAAUUCAGUAAUCUCUUAUGGCCAGAUUUCAAAUUUUGGCAAAUGUUUAAAAUCAUAUUCAAAUGGAGCUAUUACAAGACUUUGAUGAUUGAAGAUGAAAAAGUAUUAAAUAACAAUAAUAGAAAUAAC